CCAAAAAAGUUGCCACUUUACUUAGAGCACCGUUGGGAGGAGGAGAAUCUUGACGUCUAAGGUAGGAGACGUUAGGUCAGCUGCAACUGCCAGGUUUAGGUAAUUUUGACCCAUAAACGAUGGAAAGGCCACCCUCUCUCUCUCCAACGCAACCGCGACGGCACCGUUUAGACCAAUCACCUAGGGUUUCACACAUGGAAAUUCAACCGCCGCUGCCCUCCGACGACACCUCCACAGUCUGGGAUUGGGGAGAUCUCUUGGAUUUCACCGUUGACGACGACUUGUCCAUCUCGUGGGGCUCCGCCGAGAAUCCGGACCCCGAGGUCGGCCCGGCCCCGGAAAGACCGCCGGAGGAUCCGAAUCUCAAUUCGAGUCGGAUAAGGAAGCGGGACCCGAGACUGGCUUGCUCCAACUUCUUGGCGGGUCAUAUCCCCUGUGCGUGCCCCGAGGUCGACGCGAGGAUGAUGGAGCUGGAAGAGGAGGAAGCCGGGCACGGGAAGAAGCGGGUUAAGACUGGUCGGGCCCCAACCGGGACGGCGCGGUGUCAGGUCCCGUCUUGCGGGGUCGAUAUCAAGGAGCUGAAGGGGUAUCAUCGGAGGCACAGAGUGUGCCUUGCGUGUGCAAAUGCGAUCACUGUUGUUAUCGACGGUGAGACCAAGCGUUAUUGUCAGCAGUGUGGCAAGUUCCAUGUCUUACCAGACUUUGAUGAAGGUAAGCGGAGUUGUCGAAGAAAAUUAGAGCGUCAUAAUAACAGACGGCGAAGGAAAGCUAGUGAUUAUAAAGGAGCAAGUGGAAAGGAAUCACAAAAGGAAAAUCAAACUGAAGAGACCAAUUUUGAUGGUGGAGCAACAGAAGACAGUCUACAGUUAAGUAGUCAGCUGAAUGAGAAGGAAGAAUUGCUGGAGUCUGAAGGUGGGCGAACUCUUAUCCUCUGUUCAGUGCCUGAAUCCCAGAAUGUCCAUAGUGACAGUGUUGUAUCAGUUAUGGCUUCUGGUGAAACCCAAAAGGAUGCAAGAAAACAUGAUUCUAACAACUCUCUUUCUCCGCCUAAUUGCGACAACAAAAGCUACUCAUCUAUGUGUCCAACAGGUCGUAUAUCAUUCAAGCUCUAUGAUUGGAAUCCAGCAGAAUUUCCUAGAAGACUCCGGCACCAAAUCUUCCAAUGGUUGGCCAAUAUGCCGGUUGAGUUGGAGGGAUAUAUCCGCCCCGGAUGUACUAUCUUGACUGUUUUUAUUGCAAUGCCCAAGUUUAUGUGGAUGAAGUUGCUUGAAGAUCCUGUAUCAUACAUACAUGAGUUUGUUGCUGUACCUGGGAAAAUGCUAUCCGGGAGAGGCAAUAUACUUAUUUAUCUAAACGACAUGAUUUUCCGUAUUGUAAAAGAUGGGACUUCUGUAAUAAAGAAAAAAGUGGAGGUGCGAGCCCCAAGGCUUCAUUACGUUCAUCCUACAUUUUUUGAGGCUGGCAAACCCAUGGAGUUUGUUGCCUGUGGAAGUAAUUUAUUACAACCCAAAUUUCGGUUUCUGGUAUCCUUCUCCGGAAAGUAUCUGGCCUAUAAUUAUUCUCCUCCAUCUUCUCAUAGUCAGAUUGAAGGGGACACUGCUAGUAAUUUAGACCAUCAAUUGUGCAAGAUACAGGUCCCUCAAACUGACGCAGAUUGUUUUGGUCCUGCAUUUAUUGAGAUUGAGAAUGAAUCUGGCUUAUCCAACUUUAUCCCGGUACUCAUUGGGGACAAAGAGGUUUGUGCAGAAAUGAAGACUGUUCAGAAUAGAUAUGAAGAAUCUUUCUCUUCGCAAGGAUUACACUGUUCUUUCAGUGGUUCUCUUUCAAACUCCUGUGAAGCAUCUUCACUGAGGCACACAGCAUUUUCUGAAGUUAUUUUAGAUAUAGCAUGGUUAUUAAAACAGCCCUCGUCAGAAAACUUUCAACAGAUCAUGACUGCUUCACAGAUUCAAAGAUUCAACUAUCUAUUUAACUUUCUGAUAUCCAUCAAAUCAACAACCAUAUUGGAUAAAGUUCUACAAAAUCUGGAGAUUCUGAUGGCUAAAAUGGAGUUGAACAGUGCAAUUAAUGGCAGCACUGACGCAGAUAUGAGGCUAUUGCAGAAUUACAUGAAUUAUACCCGUGAUCUUCUUUGUAAAAAAUUCGAAAGCUCUGUAAGGUUGGUGAAAAAAGAGGAUCUUGUCUCACAAAGUCAAACCUGCUUUCAGAAUGAUGGAAAAUUGGUUGCUCCAUUCUACUGCCAGGAUACGGAGAUAACUGUAGAUGGUAGGCUGGGUGUGAUUGUGGGUUCAACUUCUGACGAGAGAAGUGAAACUGUUCCGCUUUUAAGUAAAAAGGCAGUUGGUAAAGCUAACCUCACCAAGGAAUUGCCUAGUGUGGUUAAGUGUUACACUUCUGGGGAGGUCUUAAGGUCUCGCUCUGGUGGGAUGUUCUUGAGAUUUCGCCCUACGCUUCUCGUAAUAUCUGCUACAGCUAUCUGUGUUGGAUUUUGUGCAGUCCUCAUCCAUCCUCACAAGGUUGGCGAGUUUGCAGUAACGAUUCGCAGAUGUUUAUUUGACAAACUUUAGAUGUUUAGGCAUUUUUUUUCUUCGCCCUUUAAUGUAUUUCGCAGCCCCUAAAUCUUCUGUACAUAUUAUCUCCACUGUACACAACUUUCUAACACUAGAUUAAGACAAGCCGCUAAAAAGUUAUAUUGUCACCGUUGUAGUUCUUGCUGGAAUCGGAAAUUCCGGAUGCGCUUUUGGGCGAUGUUUGCCCACGGCGUUUGAGAUGGUUAUAAUUCUUUUCGCAAAUGAAGCUUUUGCUCGUAAUUUUGCUGUAAUGUCUAAAGACAGGUUGCAUGUUGGGCGUUAAUGACAAAACCUGGUUUCCAA